AUGAUUUGGAUCGUAUUUUCUGAUAUAAUCAACACAGCCGUACCUGUCAGGCAUUGCCGAUUUUACAGAAACAUCAUUUUGAUUCUCAUGCCAUGUUCCAACUUCGGUCUUAUAUCAGCAUAUAUAUCAUCAUCGUUUCAACGUCUGUGCUUCCGCGCUUGCACGGGUUGUACGGUUUCCAAGGAUGCAACUUCUCCGUACAUCGCGGUCUUAUGCAUCUUCCCAUCUCAACUUUAUCUUUCUCAUGUCAUCUGCCACACACUUCUUCCAACUGGUCUGAAAAAAGGAAAGCAGGUUGAUUACUGUGAUGAUGAUGAUGAUGAUGAGGAGGAGGAGGAUGUUGAUGAGAACGAAGAGAGCAAUGAUAGUAACAAGGAUGAUUAUAUUGAGGAAAAGGUCAAAAAGCAGAACAACAAGAAGGUUCCAACCACUAGAUUGAGAAAACCUCCAACUAGAAGACGAGGAAGUGAUGAUGACGACGACGAUGAUGGUGCCAAAAGAAGGAAGAGAAUUCCAAGAGCAGCUACACAAAAAAUUCCAAAAUACACUGAUGAUGAUUUUGUAAUGAGUGAUGAAGAUUUUGUCAUUGAAGAAGAUGACAGUGAACAGUCUGAAGGAGGAGACAGUGAUUUUAUCAUGGAUGAUGCUGAGUCAGGCAGUGAUUGGGAUGCCAAGGUCAAGCGUAGCGGCAACAAAGGAAACAAAAGAAGAUCAUCAUCUGGAAGAGGAGGAGGAAAGAGAAGAAGAGUUGAUGAAUCAGAUGAGGAGGAAGAAGAGGAUGAAGAUGAAUCAGGAGGGGAUGAUGAUGAUUACAAACCUCGCUCCACUAAAAAAAGAGGUGGAAGAUCGAACAAAAGAAGAAAUAGAAAACGAAAUAGCGAUGAGGACGAUGAUGACGAUGAAGAUAAUGAAGACGAUUAUAAGAGCAGGCGUAGGCAAAGUAGCAAAAAGAAUAAAUCUCGUAACAAAAGAAGUGUAAGCAAAAGAAGAAAAAGGUCUGAUGAUGACGAGGAAGAGGAAGAGGAGGAAGACGAUGUUAACGAUUCAUGGAAAAAUUCUAAAAAAGUCACAAACAAAAGGAAAAGAACCGUUUGUUGUUUUCAAAUGGAUAAACGCAGUGAUCUUUAUAAAUUUAGGAAAAACCCGAAACAUUUAGAAGAGUUUAGUCAUCCUAAGGCAGCAGUUGAAAAUGACGAUGAUGGUCCUCGCAAGAAACGAGCUGCUGCUCUUAAGCAAAAAGGUUAA